AUGGCAGAUAUUGAUUAUGAUGCAGUUUUAAAAGAAUCGUAUCCAUAUAAGAUAUAUGAAGAACUAAAUAAUCAAGUCAAAAAUGUAGAAAAUGAAGAAAAAUGUAAUGCAUUUAAAGAUAUAGCAUCCACUCACAAGGAUACAUAUGUUACACUUUGUAAUAAGGUAUCAAAACUUUUAGAUUUUGUAUUUAAAAAGGAUACAUCAGAAAAUUUUAAAGAAUAUUGUUCGCAUUAUAGAAACUGGGUAUAUCAAGAAAUAUGGAAUUUGUUUAAAGAAGGUAAAUCAAAUGAUGAUAUCGAAGGUGUUAUUAAUAAAUUUAAUAAAUUACAGAUUGACCUUUUCAUUAAGCACAGGAAACGUAAUUGUUCUUUUGGAUUUGAUAUUAAGAAUUUACAGGGAUUGAAAUAUAAUAUCGAAGAGAAGUAUUUGUAUGAUUAUUUUAAAAACUAUAACACUAUAAAAAGUAGUGAAACUUGUAAUAAAUGUAACAACGGUAAAUAUAGAGAAUACCUUAAAUCUAUUAGUGAUAUAUAUAACAAUGUGAAGGAAUAUUGUUGUUCGUAUGGGAUAUCUGUAUGUGAUAAUUAUUUUUUGACGUGUAAAAAUGAAUUUGAUCCGAGUGAACUUUUAUCUGCAUUGCUAUCUAAAGGUAGUGAGAAUUGUGAUGGACUAAGUAGUAUUACCGCUAAUUUUGAUGAAGAAAAAUUAAAUUCCGUUGAAACAGAUUCAGAAGUUUUAAACUCAAUUACUCAUGGUGCAUGCAUCAAUCUGAAUAAUCGAGAACGUGCAUCAGAUAAUACAACAGAACAAAAUUUUUGCUUAUUAGCAACAUCUGCUUUGUUAACUAAAAAUUCUCCUACAGAUGAAAUUGAUAGGCCAGACGUGUCUCGUAGAGAAUCCCCCUUACGCAGAGCGAAUUCAGGGUUCGGGGAACAUCAGGCAGAAGUAGAACUACCAAAAGGAAACGCAUUACAAGAAGGUCAACCUGAUGCAAAAGGAAUAAGAGGGGAUUUUGGUGAGAUCUCAGUAAAAAUAGAAGCUGUACCUCCUGUGAAAGAUGCACCUGGUCCUAUUAGAUGGAAAUUUAACCAGAAAGGAACACUACAGUGUCCAACUAAAAGCAGAGAUAAAAAUGAAGAACUACUUUGCAAGUAUAUGGAUGUAUUAGUUGAAGGAAAAUUUGCUACACAAAUGGAAGGUACUAAAAGAUACAAAGUGCAGGCUGGAAAGUCAUGGACAAAAGAUGAUUUAAAACUAGCACGCGAAAGAGUGAGGAAAAGGAGAUCAGCUAAUGAAUCAAAUAUAUUAAACAACAUUUUUGUUCGCAUUUCUACUGGAGUUACUCUAGUAAUGGGAAUUAUUUUUAUAUUUUACCUUUUUUUUAAAUUUACUCCCUUCGGAUCACGUUUACGUAGGGAUAGAAAAAGGAAACAAAGAUAUAGGAAAGAUUUUACGGAUUUAUAUACACGCAAACGACCAAGGCGCUUUUUAAAACGUACAUAUAGGCAUUCUGACAGAAGGAGAUUUAACGUAGUAAAUAUAGAAGAUCAGCUUCAUUCACGAAAUGAUUUACAUAAUAUCAACUGA